AUCAUAUUAGUAUCAGUCACUUUCUGCAAAAGAAACAGCAUCCAAAUUUUUAUGAUAUCAAAUUUUGACAUCUGUAGAUACUGUUUCCGGAAGAGAAAACAUCGGCGUUUACGUUAUGAUAUCUUUAUACCACAUUCAUGUGAAGACGACGAUAUAAUAGAAGUUGUUGCAAAUUAUCUGAAACAUCAUGAUCCGCCCUAUAAAGUGUGCAUUGGUGAGAGAAACUUUGAACCUGGCAAAACAAUAUCUGAAAACAUACUUGUUGCAAUAGAAUCUAGUCAUACGACUUUACUCGUCAUCUCGAACAACUUUCUAAGAAGUGCUUGGUGCAACAUGGAAUUCCGAGAGGCCCAUAUGAGAUUCCUGAGGGACAGAAAUAUAAAUAUGGUGCUAAUUAUCUUAGAAGAUCUGGAUGCGUCACUUGUUUACAAGGAAUUGAAACUAUACUUGGAAACGCAUGUGUACAUUAAAUACAGUGACAAACAUUUUUGGGCAAAACUUUUGCAGAGCCUUCCAAUAAUGAUUCCAAACGAUCCUACACGUGACGAAACAUCGCCGCUAAUUUCAGAGUAGUCUAUUUGUAAAUUCUGUCAAUUUUAGUUAUGAUAUCUGGUUAUAGCUGAAAGAGAGAUACCUCCAUGUGUCACUGUCGCAAAAAGUACAUAAACAUUAAUAUUGGUGACAGACGAACUUGAAAAAAGCAUGACCUAAAAUGCAGCUUGAAUAAUAUAUGCAGCCCGAAGAGCUGUGCUGAGAAAAACUUUGAACAAUGAUAAAGCUGUGUCUGUAAACAUAGUAAAUGGGUGUGAAACUAAUUAUACGAAUUAACUUGUCAUCUCAAGAAGUUUCUAAGAAGUACUUGGUGCAACAUGAAAUUCGGAGAAGACUACAAGAAAUUCUUUAGGGACAAAAUGUCUUUUUAGUAGAAUGACAAUGACUUCAGUUGAUUCUAGAAAUGCAUUUAUCCUUUAAUUUAUGUUACGUAAUUUUGUAGAAAACAGAACCUAUCAUUGUGUCAUCUCUUGAGAUGGAACAAUUAGAAUGGGUAAGUCACACUUGACUGAGUAUUGACCUUGAAAGCUGUUGUCAUUACUAGCUGGCCAAUCAUACUCCGUGACCUUAGAAAUAACCUAUGACGUUUAAAUUAUUCUUUCCUAAUUGAGGCGACUCUCUGGCUAAACGCGCUCUGCAGAUUACACAUUACUAAACCCGGGGAUGGAAAAGUGGAGUUGUUGAAACAGGUCAAACAUCUCAUUUGUCACAAAGGUUAACAUACGUCGUUACCUUCGAAUGCAUGUUUAAUAAUGUGAGAACAAACCCCAUUGCGACCCUCUCAUUGUGCACAACAAAUUCAUGAAUCGAAUGCCCAGAUUUAGGACAGAUACUACUAAAUUACAGCCAUGAAUUACUUGAUUAAUGACCGCUAAAUGUGUUGUGUGCGAGGUCGAAGACUGUUAGCGCAUCAAAUCACGGCGGCCCAAAUCACUAGCAAAUUAGAAUCCCAUCACCAGCUAUUGAAGGGAUGAACAUUUUUCAAAAAGUAACUGAUUAAAACCAAACACCUGCGUAUACGUAAUAUCCAUUUUACAUGUUAGAAAAAAAAGCACCAAGUUCCGUAAAAUAUCCACUAUUCACUUUUAAUUGUCCGCUAUAUCAUCUCUAUAAACUUCUCAAAAAAUCUACACGCGUGUACGAUUUUCCAAUAACACGUGGACAUUACGAGUUUAAAUCGGGUCAACGUGUACAGCCAGUGUUUCUUAAUUGUCGUAUUUACUCAACUAAAAGUGGUAACGGAUUUACUUUGUUGUUGGAUUCAACAACUUAUUUUAGCGUAAUUACUGUGGAAAUAGCGGACUUGACAUUUUUUCAGGCAGUAGAAAACAACAUAGAUCUUUUUUUUCAAAAUUUUAGUGUUUUUUUUUUUUUUUUUUUGUUGUUUUUUUUUUUUUUGGUGCAGAUAUAAACGCCCUCUUGGUGCAAAUGUAACGCCCCCGGGGCGCUUAAAUGGGGGUUAUGGAAUGCCAAUAAGGUAGAAUGGUCUUGUCAUUGCGUCCAAUCCUAGUGUUCCACACACUGAUGACCAAUAUUUAAAGAAGAAAUUGCAACCAAAAUUUACAAGAUGAUCAUUAUAUAUUUAUAUAGAUGUGCCCUAGAAGGAACUUUUGGUAUGCUUAAACUUGUUUAAAGUAAAGAAUGUGUUUGUCUCAAACAACACAGUACAGACAAAAUAGUGAUAAAAAUGGCAGACGUUUAUUUGAAACAUUUUUGCACGAAUGUGAUUCAAUGACCAACUAGUUUCAGUUUUCACGUAAAAUUGCAUUUGUUACUUACAUUACUUCGUAAUGCAUCAUCAUGUUAGAAACAGAAUCAACGUGACUAUAUUUAACGUUACCAAACUUAUUAACAGACUCGUAUACCUAUUUAUACACUUAAAUGACAUACCACAUUUGUAUAAAAUUACUAUCAAAGCAUCAAUAACAUUAAAUUAAUUGCAACAAAAGGACUUUCUUUGCACUGAUGAAUUUUGUAAGACACUUCAGAAAUAUCAUUAUGUGCCUGGUUCAUUUUCUUGUCAAAUAGUGUAUUAUAUGUUACAUACUUUGUCUUGUAUAAUCGUGUUAUUGGUGUCAUUUAAUAUAAAUGUAUUGUACACUAUGAUGUACAUCUACUGCUAUUUCGCCAGUUUAGAUAAAUCAGAAAUUUAUUAGUCCCCUACCGGUUGAAAACCAGUUUCGAUGACCAUAGGAAUGCGCUUUUCCAUCCGUCAUUCUGUCAUCCCGUCCGUCCUCAAUUUCGUGUCCAGUCUGUAAUUCUGUUAUUCAUUAAGAGAUUUUAAUAUUACUUGGCACAAAUGUUUCCCAUGAUGAGGCAACGUGUCAUGCGAAAAGCCCGGACACCUAGCUUAAAAGUCAAGGUGACAGUUGGUAGUCAAAGGUCAAGACGGUUUAUUUUCCUGUCUGGUCCAUAACUCUGUUAUCCAUCAAGAGAUUAAAAUAUUACGUGGCAUAUAUGUUUCCCAUGAUGAGGUGACGUGUUAUGCACAAACCCAGAAUCCUAGCUUAAAGGUCAAGGUCACACUUGGAGAUCAAAGGUCAGUGCAAUUUUUUACUGUUCGGUCUAUAACUUUGUCGUGCAAAACAAGAUUUAAAUAGCAGUUGACACAAAUAUUUCCCAGGAUGAGACAACGUGUUAUGCGCAAAACUCGAGCCUUAGCUGAAAGGUCAAGGUCACACUUGGAAGUCAGUGGCCAAAAGGACUGUCAAGUCUGUAACUCAACAAUUCUUAUAAGGAUUUUAAUAUUACUCGGCAGAUAUGUUCACCAUUAUGAGACGAAGAAUUGUCAUCUGCAAGAAACAGGUCCCUAGAUCUAAGGUCAAGGUCACACAGGUCAAAGGUCAGAUACAAGAAUGACUUUGUCCGGAGCAUUUCUUCUUCAUACAUGGAGGGAUUUUGGUGUGACUUGGCACAAAAGUUGUUGAUCGGAUUUUCCGCUCGUAUAUUUUCAGAAACACAAAAAAAUAUUUAUUUUAUUUUUUUGUUUUUGGCUUGCGCUCGCCCCAUUGAAAAAAAUCAAGCCAAAAUUUUUUGGUGCGCUACUUUUUACGGACGUAAAAGUGUAUAAAUGCUUAUAAAUUCCACUCUCAGAUUGUUCUCAAAUGAAUUUUAAUCAAAAUGAAUACAUACUACGCACACAUCGUCUAUAAUAUAUAAUAACACUUAUAUUUAUAUUUAGUUGCGUUAAAGUUAUUUCCCUUACGCCAUUUUCUUCAAAUGUUUAACAAAUAACAUGUAGAGACCGUACCAUAGCUCUUCGCAGUCUUUUUCAAAAAGCGGUUUUUACAAGAGCACCGGUUACGAUUAUAAAUGUAAACAUCGGACUUUGUCUAUAAAUUAUUUGAAUGAAUAAAUGAUCAUCGAUCUUAGUCAUAAUACUGAUUGACAGUGAAUGCUAAUGACUCCAUGUGUUGCAGAAAGCUGGUUCACCAGCGAGACAUUCGAGGGUCUUUUAAAGCAUACACGUUUUGGUAAAAGGAUUACCAAGAAAGAAGAAGGACAAACGUGCUAUUAUGAAAUGAUGUGCAUCUAGAAUAUAACGUCACAGAAUGUUAAAACAAGCCACAACGUCGUUCUUCCUGUUGGUGUUUCUAUCUCUGCGUACACGUACAACGCUUGGAUAUUCCAAAAUACUUUACAAGGACAGUUCGGAUUUUUCCUGCAAUUUCAGUAACAGCACUUUGAAACUAGUCAUACACAAUGGUUUCAUAGAAGAAAAGGUUAUAAACUGUUUAAAAACUUAUAAUACUGCAGAAACACUAGUAUUUAGUAACAGUAGAUUAAAGGCUAUUCCGGAAUAUUUAAAUAUACUAGACAGGCUUACACAUUUGGAAUUACCACACAAUGAAAUAACCGCAGUUUCUUUUAAUGCGUCAGAGCAUAUUUGUAAAAACUUGAAACAUCUUGUUCUUGAUCACAACGAUAUUAAUGUAUUACGACCAGGAAAUCUUGAUUGCUUAGAAUCUCUAGAGACACCUUCGCUUGCCAACAAUAACUUAUUAGUAAUUGUGAAUGGGACAUUUAAUGUCAAACUUAAAGGCGUUAGGAAACAUCAACCUUGUUGAUAACAAUCUGACAUCUGUUGACACCAGUUUAGUUAGCAAACUCUUAUUGUCAAAAAAUAUAAACAUUAGAGUGAAUGCCUCAUUGAAUAGAAUAACUGGAAUUACAAAUUCAGCAAAUAUUACAAUAGAACAUAUUUCAAAUUUAACCCAGAUUUACGUUGUUCUUAUGCAUAACAAUAUGACGACAUUUGGCAUAGAAUAUUAUUUCAAAAUGUUUAAUAUUACACACCCAUUUCCUCAGCUGCUAAAUUUGUAGAACAGUGGAUUUGAUACACGUUUUAAUCCGUUUAUUUGUGAUUGUGCACUCUUUCCUUUAGCCUCAGCUCUGAAGAAAUUUCAUACAAUGGAUCCAGAUAAUCCUGUAUUUUCAAUGACGUGUGGAAGUCCUAAACGUUUUGAAGGAAUGCUGGUUCGCAAGGUACCAGCUGACCAGUUUAACUGCUCAGUUACUCAAGACUGUCCAGACUCCUGUACUUGUACUAAAACUGUCGCCAUUGGCCUAAUUUCCGUCUAUUGCAGGGAUCAGUACCAUGCAGAUGACCUACCUACAACAUGUCCAGUAGCAGACAAUAUAAACAUUAAUAUUAAAUCAGAUACUGUGACUAGUAUCUCCUCAAGAGAAUAUCUUCGCAAUGUGACAGUUUUUGAUGUCUCACAAUGUGCCAUUGCCGAUAUAGAUCGAUCCAUCGUUGAUGUGUUGGAAGGCGCCAAAAAUGAAUUGAUAUACUUACAAGAUAAAUUUCUGGAAAUUAUUCCAAAAACAUUUCAGAACUUUAAUUUUAGUGAAGGACAAAUUUUAACCAUUGAUGGAAAUCAUUUCAACUGCGACUGCCAUACAUUAUGGAUGAAACAAUGGCUUUUGUCAAACAAAAAUCACAUUUAUCACCAAGAUAAAAUAUUAUGUGCAACUGGACCUGGCAAAGGUAAGCCAAUGGUUGAAGUACCAGACAAUGACUUUGUUUGUCAAACAAGUCUUACAUUCCUUGACAUAUUAUUCAUUACCGCUGGAUCACUGUUAGUUUUUGUCAUACUUGUAUCAGUCACUUUAUUCAAAAUAAACAGCAUUCAAGUUUUUAUGAUAUCACAUUUUGACAUUUGUAAGCACUGUUUCCGAAAGAGAAAACACCGGCGUUUACGAUAUGAUAUCUUUAUACCACAUUCGUGUGAAGACGACGAGAUAAUAGAAGUUGUUACAAAUUAUCUGGAACAUCAUGAUCCCAAACCAAUUCUGUGGAAGAGAUACGUGGUUGACAUUCUUGGAAACAUAGACAAAGAAACAGUUUUCCACAGAAUGUUAAAACAGGCAACAAUGCCGUUUUUCAUGUUGGUGUUCCUGUUUCUACGUACGCGUACAACGCUUGGAUAUUCCAAAUUACUUUACAAGGACAGUUCGGACUUUUCUUGCGAUUUCAGUAACAGCACUUUGAAACUUGUCAUACACAAUGGUUUCAUAGAAGAAAAGGUUAAAAACUGUUUAAAAACUUAUAAUACUGCAGAAACACUAAUAUUUAGUAACAGUAGAUUAAAGGCUAUUCCGGAAUAUUUAAAUAUACUGGACAGGCUUACACAUUUGGAAUUACCACACAAUGAAAUAACGACAGUUUCUUUUAAUACGACGGAACAAAUUUGUAAAAAAUUGAAACAGCUUGUUCUGGAUAACAAUGAUAUUAAUGUAUUACGACCAGGAAAUAUUGAUUGCUUAGAAUCUCUAGAGACACUUUCGCUUGCCAACAAUAACUUAUUAGUAAUUGUGAAUGGGACAUUUAAUGUCAAAUUAAAGGCGUUAAGAAACAUCAACCUUGCUAAUAACAAUCUGACAUCUGUUGACACCAGUUUAGUUAGCAAACUCUUAUUGUCAAAAAAUACAAACAUUAGCGUCAAUGCCUCAUUGAAUAGAGUAACUGGAUUUACAAAUUCAAUAAAUAUCACCAUAGAACAUGUUUCAAAAUUAACGCAGAUUUACUUUGUUCUUACGCAUAACAAUAUGACGACAUUUAAUACAGAAUAUUAUUUCAAAAUGUUUAAUAUUACACACCCAUUUCCUCAGCUGUUAAAUUUGUGGAACAGUGGAUUUGAUACACGUUUUAAUCCGUUUAUUUGUGAUUGUGCACUCUUUCCUUUAGCCUCAGCUCUGAAGAAAUUUCAUAAAAUGGAUCCAGAUAAUCCUGUUUUUUCAACGACGUGCGGAAGUCCUAAACGUUUUGAAGGAAUGCUGGUUCGCAAGGUACCAGCUGACCAGUUUAACUGCUCAGUUACUCAAGACUGUCCAGACUCCUGUACUUGUACUAAAACUGUCGCCAUUAGCCUAAUUUCCGUCGACUGCAGUGAUCAGUACCAUGCAGAGGACCUGCCUACAACAUGUCCAGUCGCAGACAAUAUAAACAUUAAUAUUAAAUCAGAUGAUGUGACUAGUUUCUCCUCGAGAGAUUAUCUUCGCAAUGUGACAGUUUUUGAUGUCUCACAAUGUGCCAUUGCCGAUAUAGAUCCAUCCAUCGUUGAUGUGCUGGAAGGCAGCAAAAAUGAAUUGAUAUACUUACAAGAUAAUUAUUUGGAAACUAUUCCAGAAACAUUUCAGAACUUUAAUUUUAGUGAAGGACAAGUUUUAACCAUUGAUGGAAAUCCAUUCAAUUGCGACUGCCAUACAUUAUGGAUGAAACAAUGGCUUUUAUUAAACAAAAAUCACAUUUAUCACCAAGAUAAAAUAUUAUGUGCAACUGGACCUGGCAAAGGUAAGCCAAUGGUUGAAGUACCAGACAAUGACUUUGUUUGUCAAACAAGUCUUACAUUCCUUGACAUGUUAUUCAUUACCGUUGGAUCACUGUUAGUUUUUAUCAUACUUGUAUCUGUCACUUUCUGCAAAAUUAACAGCAUCCAAGUUUUUAUGAUAUCACAUUUUGGCAUUUGUAAACACUGUUUCCGGAGGAGAAAACAUCGGCAUUUACGAUAUGAUAUCUUUAUACCACAUUCAUGCGAAGACGACGAUAUUAUAGAAGCGGUUGCAAAUUAUCUGGAACAUCAUGAUCCGCCAUAUAAAGUAUGCAUUGGUGAGAGAAACUUUGAACCUGGCAAAACAAUAUCUGAAAACAUACUUGUUGCGAUAGAAUCUAGUCAUACGACUUUACUCGUCAUCUCAAACAACUUUCUAAGAAGUGCUUGGUGCAACAUGGAAUUCCGAGAGGCCCAUAUGAGAUUCUUGAGGGACAGAAAUAUAAAUAUGGUGCUAAUUAUCUUAGAAGAUCUGGAUGCGUCACUUGUUUACAAGGAAUUGAAACUAUACUUGGAAACGCAUGUGUACAUAAAAUACAGUGACAAACAUUUUUGGGCAAAACUUUUGCAGUGCCUUCCAAUAAUGAUUCCAAACGAUCCUACACGCGACGAAACAUCGCCGCUAAUUUCAGGGUAGUCUAUUUGUAAAUUCUAUCAAUUUAAAUUAUGAUAUCUGGAAGUAGCUGAAAGAGAGGUACCUCCAUGCGUCACUAUCGCAACACGUACAUAAACAUUAACAUUGGUGACAGACGAACUUGAAAAAAGCAUGACCUAAAAUGCAGCUUGAAUAAUAUAUGCAGUCCGAAGAACUGUGCAGAGAAAAACUUUGAACAAUGUGAAAGCUGUGUCUGUAAACAUAGUUAAUGGGUGAGAAAUUAAUUAUACGACUUAACUUGUCAUUUCAAAGAAGUUUCUAAGAAGUACUUGGUGCAACAUGAAAUUCGGAGAAGUCUACAAGAGAUUCUUCAGGGACAAACAUGAGGAAAUGUCUUUUUAGUAGAAUGACAAUGACUUCAGUUGAUUCUAGAAAUGCAUUUAUCCUUUAAUUUAUUUAACGUUAUUUUGUAGAAAACAGAACCUAUCAAUUAAAGUAAAGAAUGUGUUUGUCUCAAACAACACAGUACAGACAAAAUAGUGAUAAAAAUGGCACACGUUUAUUUGAAACAUUUUUGCACGAAUGUGAUUCACUGACAAACUAGUUUCAAUUUUGUAAGUAAGUAAGUAAGUAAGUUCUUUAUUUAUAGAGGGUAGCUCAUUUAGCUGAUGCUAAUCUUCCAUGAGGCCCUCUCAAGAAGAAAACACAUGUAUAUACAGAACAUAAUGCAUAAUAAACAUGAGUACAUUGAAAAUACAAAGGCAUGCACAUAAGGAAAAUAAAACAAAUACAUAUCAGAAAACAAAAAGGUAAUAGUUUAUGUAAUUUUCAUCCAGUUGAGACAUGAUGAUUUAAAGCAUUGUAAUGAACGAGCAGAUUUAACUUCUAUAGGUAAACAGUUCCAAAUAAUUGGACCAGAAUAUAGCAUACUACGUUUAAACAAUUCUGUGUGCGUAUUUGGUAUACAAAAAUUCUUGUUUGUGUUUGAUCGCAAAGUAAAAGAAGUAUCAUUUACUUGGGGUUUUUGCAUGUACAUUUCACAAAUAUAGUUGGGAUGUAAAUUAUUUGCGAUUUUAUACAUAAAACAGGCCUUUUUAAAAAAAAGACGAUUUUCACGUAAAAUUGCAUUUGUUACUUACAUUACUUUGUAAGGCAUUAUUUUAGAAACAGAAUCAACGUGUUUGCUUUAAAAUCUUUAAAAUGAAAACAUAAUCGGUAUGUGUAGUAUUAUCUUAUACUCAAGUAACGUGCAUGACUAUAUUUAACGUUACCAAAUAAUUAACAGAAUCGUAUACCUUUUUAUACACUUAAAAGACAUACCAUGUUUGUAUAAAAUUACUAUCAAAGCAUCAAUAACUUUAAAUUAAUUGAAACAAAAGGACUUUCUUUGCACUGAUGAAUUUUGUUAGACACCUCAGAAAUAUCAUUAUGUGCCUGGUUCAUUUUCUUGUCAAAUAGUGUAUUAUAUGUUACAUACUUUGUCUUGUAUAAUCGUGUUAUUGGUGUCAUUUAAAAUAAAUGUAUUGUACACUAU